AUGAUUAAUAAAAGCAGUAGCAGCGCUCCCAACAUCGUUGUGAACCAUGAUUUCUCUAAAGGGCUACAUUCCUGGCAUCCAAAUUGCUGCAAUGGCUUUGUGGUUUCAGCAGAGUCAGGUCACCUAGGAUUUCCAACGAAGCCCGGUGGUAAUUAUGUAGUUGUGUCGAAUCGAAAGGAAUGCUGGCAGGGCCUGGAGCAAGAUAUUACUAGCAGGAUUUCUCCAUGUUCCACUUAUUCCAUUUCCGCACGUGUUGGAAUAUCGGGGCCUGUCCAGGACUCUUCUGAUGUCCUUGCAACCUUGAAACUGGAAUACCGAGAUUCAGCAACAAGCUAUUUGUUCAUUGGAAAAACUUCUGUGUCGAAGGAAAGGUGGGAAAAAUUGGAAGGCACAUUCUCAUUAGCAGCCAUGCCUGACCGCAUCGUUUUCUACUUGGAAGGGCCUGCUCCUGGGGUGGACCUACUUGUGGAAUCAGUAAUUAUCACUUGUUCCAGUCCAAGCGAGUGCAAUGUAAUUAUUCAUCUUAAUCUUACUCUUAUUCUUGAUCUAACUGCAGACAAAGGACUUUGGUCCCCUAAAUGCAUACAAGAUGCAAGACCGUCUGCUGGAGAUGAAGACGAGAACAUCAUUCUGAACCCUAAGUUUGAGGAUGGCCUGAAUAAUUGGUCUGGAAGAGGCUGCAAGAUAGUCUUACAUGACUCGAUGGCAGAUGGGAAAAUUGUGCCCCUCUCUGGAAAGGUCUUUGCUUCGGCAACAGAGCGCACACAGAGCUGGAACGGAAUUCAGCAGGAAAUAACCGAAAGAGUGCAGAGAAAGCUUGCUUAUGAGGUCACUGCUGUUGUUCGGAUAUUUGGUAACAAUGUCACUAGUGCUGAUGCAACAGAUAAGGACUGGGUGCAGUUACGGGGAAAGUUCCUUCUAAAUGGUUCCCCUAAAAGAGUUGUCAUUUACAUAGAAGGUCCACCUGCAGGCACUGAUAUUCUUGUCAAUAGUUUUGUUGUAAAGCAUGCAGAGAAAAUCCCUCCCUCUCCUCCUCCAGUUAUUGAGAAUCCUGCCUUUGGAGUUAAUAUAAUUCAAAAUAGCGAUCUGAGUGAUGGAACCAACAGUUGGUUUCCUCUUGGUAAUUGCACUCUUAGUAUUGCAACUGGGUCACCACAUAUACUUCCUCCAAUUGCGAGAGAUUCCCUUGGACCUCAUGAACCUUUAAGUGGUCGCUGCAUCCUUGUAACCAAACGCACUCAGACUUGGAUGGGACCUGCACAGAUGAUCACUGAUAAAAUACAACUCCUUUUGACAUACCAGGUAUCCGCUUGGGUUAAGAUUGGUUCUGGAGCAAAGGGCCCUCAAAAUGUGAACGUCGCACUUGGCGUGGACAAUCAGUGGGUCAAUGGAGGACAAGUUGAGAUUAAUGAUGACAGAUGGCAUGAAAUUGGUGGGUCUUUUAGAAUUGAGAAGCAACCAUCAAAGGUCAUGGUUUAUGUCCAAGGUCCAGCUGCAGGGGUAGACUUAAUGGUUGCUGGACUUCAGAUUUUCCCUGUGGACCGAGAGGCAAGGUUCAGACACUUGAGGAGGCAGACUGAAAUGAUCCGUAAGCGUGAUGUCACCCUAAAAUUUUCUGGAGGGGGUUCAAGCAGUGUACUUGGAACUUUUGUCAAAGUAAGUCAAAUGCAAAACAGCUUCCCUUUUGGAUCAUGCAUAAGCAGGACGAACUUGGACAAUGAAGAUUUUGUUAAUUUCUUUGUGAAAAAUUUCAAUUGGGCUGUGUUUGGAAAUGAGUUGAAGUGGUAUUGGACAGAGCCACAACAGGGAAAGUUCAACUAUAGCGACGCUGAUGAGAUGUUGGACAUGUGCAAGAAGAACAAAAUAGAAACCCGGGGUCAUUGUAUCUUCUGGGAAGUGGAUGGUACAGUCCAGCAAUGGAUCAAAGCACUGAACAAAACCGACAUGAUGACGGCUGUUCAAAAUCGUCUAACAGGCCUUCUAACACGCUACAAGGGAAAGUUCAGGCAUUAUGAUGUGAACAAUGAGAUGCUCCAUGGAUCAUUCUAUCAAGAUCGUUUAGGUAAAGAUGUCCGCGUAAACAUGUUCAAGACUGCAAAUCAACUAGAUCCAUCUGCUAUGCUGUUUGUGAAUGAUUAUCAUAUUGAGGAUGGAUGUGACGCAAGAUCAAGUCCAGAAAAGUACAUUGAACAUAUUCUUGAUUUGCAAGAACAAGGUGCACCAGUUGGAGGCAUUGGAAUUCAAGGACAUAUAGAUAGUCCAGUUGGGCCUGUUGUUUGUUCCGCUCUGGAUAAACUGGGUAUUCUUGGUCUUCCAAUAUGGUUUACAGAGCUUGAUGUGUCCUCUGUUAAUGAAUAUGUUAGAGGUGAAGAUUUGGAAGUUAUGCUUCGAGAAGCAUAUGCUCAUCCUGCGGUGGAUGGCAUUAUGCUUUGGGGAUUUUGGGAGUUGUUCAUGAGCCGAGACAAUGCACAUUUGGUUAAUGCAGAAGGUGAGCUCAAUGAAGCUGGUAAAAGAUACCUUGCUCUUAAAAAAGAGUGGCUGUCUCAUACUCAUGGGCAUGUUGAUGAGCAAGGACAAUUCGCAUUUAGAGGCUUUCAUGGAGCCUACGUUUUGGAAAUUGAAACUGUUUCCAAGAAGAUCACAAAAACAUUUGUUGUCGAUAAGGGUGAUUCUCCACUGGUGCCACGAAUGCAGACACGAAUACGUAAAAAUAUACGCGGAGGAGUGCGGAAUCUAAAAAGAAUAGUGGGCCUAGUAGAGGCCCCUACGUCGAAGCCCAAUCUAGUUGAUGGCAAGUCCAUCAUUUUUCAGGCACAUGACCCCAGACCUUUACGUGCAUGA